AGGAAGUCGCAAGAUGGCUGAUGUCGCUUGGAAGUAAUGUUCCCCUCUGCAACAUGAAGCCGUGAGUGUGGAAGAAAGCGAGGGAGGCACCAUCGGGCUUUUAUUUUUAUUUUAUUUUAGUUACUUUUCUUUUAUUUCGUCAAACAUCCAUCUCAUUCCGCGUCGUGUCGGCCCCGGACUUGUCUUCGGGAGUUGACGCGUCAAAUCACGCCGGGGACCCUGCCAGCAGCUAACGGCUAGCUUCACAGUUAGCAAAUGUUAGUACAGCUAGCCAGCCAGCCAGGCACACCGCUUGUUAGUUUGUUUUAAUUGAUAUUCUGACACCUGCGAGCCAACAAGCUGACGGUACAAGUGUGCUGCUAUUUGCACUAGGUAGUGCAGAAUAAAUGUCUAAUAUUUUAGCUGUCAGAUAUAAAAUAACGAAUUUGCAAGCUGCUCGGUUUAACAUCAUGUCCGCGAACUGGCCAUCCAGCCUGUAGGUUGCUAACUAAUGCGCAGUAUUGCAUCUGUUUCAUGUGCACAAACUAGCAGGAUAAUUAUUUUAUUGGCAUUUUUCAAUACCAUCAACCACCUUGCUGCAUUUCCGUUAUUUGCUGCCAACUACAUUUUUGAAGCUGGUUAUGUUAAAGCCAAAUUAUGGGAGCAGGAAAUGUGAUCAACUUUUUCUGGUGGUAGGUAGCUACACUGGCCUUGCUGGCAUCUCACCAAAAAUCCACAGGGAUGGACACUAAACUGAGCACCCACGACCAAAACUGAGAAAUUGGCAUUUCGAUAUCUUGGCAUAAGUAACGAUAGCGGACACACGUGUACAUCAGUGCAUGGUGACUCGUUUCACUAGUCUGGGUGACAGAUAAGUUGUUUUGCAGGGUUAACUAAACUACAGUUAGUCACUACACCGGAGACCAGUUAGCUUGCCUAAAGUGCACAGCUAGCUACGGUCUCGCCCCACAUCACAUUACAAACACGGCGUACAGAACGUAUUCAGAGCCCGCUCCCGGCCAGACACACCGGCUAAACAACACCGUCAUGGGAGUGCAGGGUUUUCAAGAGUAUUUAGAGAAGCGGUGUCCCGGGGCCGCUGUCCCGGUGGACCUCCUGAAGCUUGCCCGUACCGCGGCCCGCCAGCCCCCUCACCACCAUCACCCACACCACCACCCACAUCACCCUGGGCCCAUGCCUCCCCCGCCCCCGCCUGCCAGGAUCCUAAUCGACGCUGACUCCGGCCUGCAGCGCCUCUACGGCGGCUACCAGACGGACUGGGUGUGCGGGGGUGAGUGGAACGCCAUGCUGGGCUACCUGGCUGCCCUGUCACAGGCCUGCCUGUACCAGGGUGGCCUGGAGCUGGUCGUGGUUUUCAAUGGCACACUGGGGAAGGAGCGCUGGCCCGAGUGGGCGCGGCGAGCUCAGGGCCAGCGACAGACGGCGCAGCUGAUAGUCAACCACGUCGGCAGCAAGGCCACCCCGCCUCCCCGGGCAUGGUUCCUGCCCCCGGCCUGCCUCAGCCACUGUGUCCGCCUUGCCAUGUUUCGCUUCCGAGUGCGGGUUGUGCAGACUUUGGAGGACCACCACCAGGAAGUGCUGUCUCUCUAUAGGGACUUUGGAUUUUCUGGCCUGAUUGCUCAGGAUUCUGAGUUUGCCCUCUGCAACGUACCCGCCUACUUCUCGUCGCAUGCGCUCAAACUGAGCUGGAACGGCAAGAACCUGACCACACACCAGUACCUGCUGCCUGAGGCCGCCAGGCAGCUCGGGCUGAAGACACAGCACCUGCCCUGCUUCGCUGCUCUGCUGGGAAAUCAUAUUCUGCCUGAUGAGGACCUGGCUGCCUUCCACUGGAGUCUGCUGGGACCAGAACACCCACUCGCUUCUCUCAAGGUGCGAGCCCACCAGUUGGUGCUGCCGCCCUGUGAAGUGGUGAUUAAGGCCGUCUCGGAGUACGUCUCCUCCAUCAAAGACCUGGGAAACCUCGACGCCAUCGCCAGAGAUGUCUUCAAACAGUCACAGUCUCGUAUGGAGGACAAGGUGGAACGAUUCAAGAAAGCUGUGGAUUAUUUCUCAGCUGCCUCCAAACCUCGCUCGCCCAACAUGGGGCCCGCCUCUUUCAUCUUACCUGGGUUUGGAUUUGGGGGACCGCCCGGCCACAUGGGACCGAUGCAGCCUGGAAAGAUUCAGUUCCCUCCUCCGCAGGUUCCAGGGUUAAAGCCACCCUAUCAAAAUGCUCCAUACGGACCUGGCUCCAACCCUCUGUUCCAGAACCCGCCGCCACCGCCCCAAGACUGCAACGAUUCGCUGACGGGCAAGAUGGGCUUCACUGAUUGGUCGGCUCCAUAUGAUUCCACUCAGGGGGGAAACCGAGUACCCAAUCAUCACACCGCCCCUCAGUCCGUUCCCUCUCCGUCUCCUUCAUCGUCAUCAGACGGAGAUGAACACAACGACAGCAACGCAAACCAUUUGACGGAGAAGCCCUCUCGGUGGGAGGAUCCUGCUGGAAGGGGGGGCUCUGCCACUGGAGACGUUUCCCAGGGCAACGGGAGCGUGUCACACAUUCCGUCACUGUUGUCUAUGGCGACGCGGAGUCACAUGGACAUAACCACACCCCCUCUGCCUCAGGUGAGUGCUGAGGUUCUUCGUGUAGCCGAGCACAGACACCGAAGAGGACUGAUGUACCCCCAGAUUUACCACAUAUUGACCAAGGGAGAGAUGAAGAUGCCAGUGUGUAUAGAGGAUGAGUGUAACUCUGAGCUGCCUCCUGCCUCUCUGCUGUUCCGUGCUGCCAGACAGUAUGCCUACGGCGUCCUCUUCAGUCUGGCUGAAACACACCGCCGCCUGGAGAGGCUCGCUCUCCGCAAAAGGACUCCCCUGGAAGUUCCUCCAGUGAUUGUCAAAGAGUGGAGCAGCGGUAAAGCCAAGUCGGCCCUGACUCCGGAGCUGGUCCCGGCCCUGUGUUUCCGGGAGUGGACCUGCCCCAACCUGCGGAGGCUGUGGUUGGGUCGUGCCAGUGAGGACCGCUCCAGGAGAACCAGGGCCUUCCUGGCCUGCCUACGCUCUGACUGUCCAGCCCUCCUCAACCCAGCACAGGUCCCACAGCAUCUGCUGCUCAUGUGCUGCGUGCUCAGGUAUAUGAUGCAGUGGCCUGGGGGAAGGAUCCUCCAGAGACAUGAGCUAGAUGCCUUUCUGGCUCAGGCUGUUUCCAGCCAGCUCUACGAACCCGAUCAGCUACAGGAGCUCAAGGUGGAGAAGGUGGAUGCCCGCGGCGUGCAGCUGGCUUCUCUCUUCAUGGCCGGCGUUGACACGGCGCUGUUCAUCAACGAUGUGUGCGGCCAGCCGUUGCCAUGGGAACACUGCUGCCCCUGGGGUUUCUUUGACGGCAAACUGUUUCAGAGCAAACUGUCCCGGGCCGCUCGCGACCGGGCCGCCCUGCUGGACAUGUGUGAGGGGCAGGAGGAGCUGGUGUCCAAGGUGGAGAAGAUGCGUCAGGCAAUCCUCGAGGGCAUCAACCUGUCCCGCCCUCCUCCUCCUCCCCCUCCUCUUCCACCUCCUGCCUUCCUCCCGCCCACCAUGGUGCCCCCUUUCUACCCCAUGCCUCACCUUUACCCACCUCGCCCUAUGGGCAUGCCUCAUCAUCAUCACCCGCAUCAUCCACAUCACCCCGCCCAGCACAGACCAAGAGCCUUCCCAGGCCUUCAGUCCAUCCCCCCUCAGGGAGGGAAACUGGAGAUAGCUGGUAUGGUCGUUGGCCAGUGGGCUGGGAACAAACCAAUACGUGGGAGAGGGGGGUUCAACAUGCAGGUGGUGUCAGUGGGAGCAGGGAGAGGGAGAGGUAAAGAGAUUCCAUCUAAAGUAAGGGCGGUGAAAAAGACACCUACCAACAGAACACAGACGUCGCCACCCCCCCCAUCCAGCAGCCCCCCAAAGCCCUCAGAGGAGGCGGCCACAACGCCAGAGGUUGCGACUCAGCAGCUGAACGGCAGCUCAGCAACCUCCGCCAUCGGCCAGCCCUUGGAGCUGGCCCCCCUGGCCCAGCCAAUCCCGUGUGCCUUAGCCAGCAGAGACAACCAAUCAGAUGGGGUGGAAGUGGAGGCCCCCUGUUGCCUUGACGACUGCCCGUCAGACGGACCGCUACAGAAGGAGGAGUGACGGCGUCCUCUCCGGGAUGCACUGCUCUGAGAGAGUUCUCUGUGUUUGACUGCCUUCCCCUGUUUUUUGUAGCCCCGCCUGCCAGCUGUGCACAUUAUCACAGGGCGCAGCAGGCGCAGCGAGGCUCCUCCUCGUCCUCCCCGCUGCGCCCUGUGAUGCGCUGAAGCAGUUAGCUGUUACUUCCUUUUUAGUUUUCUCAUAUGGUUUUACAUUGUUUUACGAAGAGAGGUUUUUCUCCAUGAGUCUGUAAGCGCCCCACCCCUCAAAAAUCCUAAAUAACUCCCUCCCGCACUCAGAGUAAAAUAAGCCUCAGCCCCCCCUACCCCCCCCAUUACGACCCACCACUUAAACAAGCCCCCCC